AUGUAUGUCUAUGAUGAUCUCUAAGUCAAGAAAAGAGUCUCAAUGAUGAGAAAAGAGAGUCCCUCUCGCUAUCACUGCCAGUCCAUAUAUUCAUUACUCCUUUCUUCCCCACUUCUCCCAACACAUAUACCAAUCCCUCUCUUAUCUCUCUCUCAAUCUGAAUCUUAGCAUUAUCUAUAGCUAUGGCGGUUGCAGCAGGAGGAGGAAAAGGAUUCACGGCGGCGGACAUGAAAGGCCUAACCGUACAAGUGAUAACAGGGCGGUGGUUCGUGGUGUUCGCGUCCUUCCUAAUCAUGUCAGCUUCAGGAGCAACUUACAUGUUCGGGCUCUACUCCAACGACAUCAAAACGGCCCUCGGCUAUGACCAAACUACCCUCAAUCUCCUAAGCUUCUUCAAGGACUUAGGCGCCAACUUAGGCGUUCUCUCCGGCCUAAUCAACGAGAUCACCCCUCCCUGGGUGGUCCUCGCCAUGGGCUCCGUCAUGAACUUCUUCGGCUACUUCAUGAUAUGGCUCUGCGUCACAUCAAAGCUUCCCAAACCCAAGCACUGGCAAAUGUUCCUCUACAUCUUCAUCGGCGCCAACUCUCAGUCCUUCGCCAACACCGGCUCUCUCGUUACCUGCGUCAAGAACUUCCCUCGAAGCCGCGGCGUUGUCCUCGGAAUCUUGAAAGGCUACGUCGGAUUAAGCGGCGCCAUCAUCACGCAGUUGUACUACGCUUUCUACUACGACGACUCCAAGGCUUUGAUUCUUCUCAUUGGCUGGCUUCCCGCCGCUAUUUCCUUCGUCUUCCUCCGAACCGUUCGCUACAUGAACCCCGUUCAUCAGCGCAACGAGCUCGCCGUCUUCUACAAGUUCCUCUACAUCUCCCUCGGCCUCGCCGGAUUCCUUAUGGUUAUGAUCAUAGUUCAGAAGAACGCCACUUUCAAUCAGACCGAGUACGGUGCCAGCGCCGCCAUCGUUCUCUUCCUUCUCCUCCUCCCUCUCGUUGUUCUCUUUGGCGAAGAAUAUAAGAUCCGUCAGAUCCGUCACCAGCAUUCCUCCGGUGACCCCUUACCGGAGGUAAAAGUAGUAGCUGCUGACGAGAAUAAAGAUAGAGCACUCAUUACAGGAGUGGAAAAAGAAACUAAAUGGUGGGAAAAUGUUUUGACUCCACCGGAGAGAGGGGAAGACUACACCAUUCUCCAAGCACUCUUCAGCAUAGACAUGUUGAUAUUGUUCUUCGCCGGAACAUGUGGGUGUGGUGGAACGUUAACCGCAAUCGACAACUUGGGUCAAAUUGGAACCUCCCUUGGGUACCCAAAGAAAAGCAUAAGCACAUUUGUGUCACUAGUGAGUAUAUGGAACUAUCUCGGUCGAGUUUUCUCCGGGUUUGUUUCUGAACACGUGCUAAUAAAAUACAAAUUCCCAAGACCACUCAUGUUCACCAUGAUUCUUCUCUUGUCUUGUGUUGGACACUUGCUAAUAGCAUUCAAUGUCCCUAAUGGUCUCUAUGUGGCUUCAGUCAUAAUUGGAUUCUGUUUUGGAGCACAGUGGCCUUUGAUUUUUGCCAUUGUUUCGGAGCUGUUUGGUCUAAAGUACUAUUCAACUUUGUAUAACUUCGGAGGCAUGGCGAGUCCUAUUGGAUUGUAUGUGCUUAAUGUGAGAGUCACUGGGCAUUUGUAUGACAUAGAAGCGAAGAGGCAGUUGGCGGAAUCUGGUAUAAAAAGAAAGAUUGGUCAGGAAUUGAAUUGUGUUGGGACCAGUUGCUACAAGAUGUCCUUUGUUAUAAUUGCUGUAGCUACUUUUACUGGAGCUCUUGUAUCGCUUCUUUUGGUGGCAAGGACUUAUAGCUUCUAUAAAGGUGACAUUUAUAAGAGGUACAAGGUGGAGGAGGAAGAAGAGGAGACUCACGUACCCGCCACCGCCGAGAUGGCUGUGGUUCAGAACGGCCGUGAAAAUGGACAGGGAACUAAAGUAGGGGCAUAGAAAUGUUUUUAUAACUCAUUUUUCUUCUUAGUAGUAUAUUGUUAUACUGUAUUGCUGAUAUAGUCAACAGUUAAAGAAAAGAAGACUCAGUGUAACAAGUGUUAGAGGUUUGGAAUUUAGUAAAAAGGAAUUAUUAACAGUUUA